AUGGCUUCCAAUCUCAAACGAAGGCGUCAUUCUAGAAUCAAGAGAGAAAUGAAAAAUAAGAAUUCAAAACAGGGUCAUUCGGAAUUGAUUCCGGACAUUGAGAAAGAAAUAGAAGACACAUUUGAACUUAUAGAUGAAGACGGAGAUGGACGAAUAUCAAAACAAGAAAUGGUGAAGGCAGCGUCUCUUUUGGGAUUUAAUCCCACGUCAGAGGACGCGGACGCAAUGAUCAAAAUGGCCGACGCAGACGGUGAUGGUUUCAUAAACUGUAAAGAAUACUGUGCUAUGAUGUCACAGAAUUAUACCACAAAAGAUCAGGAGAAACAGGCUCUACAGAAGGCCUUUCAGACUUUAGACAAAGAUGGCGACGGCUUUCUGUCAACAGAUGAGCUCCGCACAGCCCUACAAUUCAACUCCGAUAUCACUGACGACGAAAUCGAUAUAUUUUUCAUGGAUGCCGACAAAAAUGGUGAUGGUCUGAUCGAUUACACAGAAUUCAUCGAAUCUACAUUGUGUGUGUCUUUAUUCUGA